GCGGGGCUGAUCGAGGCCUGCUCACCGCGCUCUCCCGACUUCUCCCUGGUCCGCAUCUAGUCCCCGCCCACAUGGUGGACGCGGUGGUCCGAUACGAGCUAAUAUCAGCACGGCUGUGGAGUGGUCGAGCCUGAGAGGUGCACCAGACCUGGAAAGGGGUUCUUAAAGGACACAGCUGUUGCAGUGACAUGGGCAAUCGAUGUUCUUUCACACCCCGUGGAGCUAACACCAGAAUCCUGCCUGAAGUGCCAAGCAGAAAAUGACUCAGCGAAAUGGAAUCAGGGGCUCCAGUGAUCCCAGUCACCACUCGGAGACCUCCAAGGCUUUCGAGCUGGCCAACGGUUUAGACCACGACGCGGUGCAGUGGGACUCAGAUUGUGAGAAAGGUCGACGGAGUGAAACCGCAGACCCCCUGGCUAUAACAGGAGGAGCCGUCACAGCUCCGGAUGGUGGUUGGGGCUGGGUGGUGCUGGUUGCAACCAUCCUGGUCCUGGCUUUGACCCUGGGAUUUCCCUCCUGUGUGGGAAUUUUCUACACCGACCUGCAGAAUGAGUUUCACGCGUCCAACAGCGAAACGUCCUGGGUACCCUCCAUCAUGACGUCAAUGCUUCAUGCAGGAGGUCCCUUCUGCAGUGUGCUGGUGGGGAAGCUCGGCUGCAGGGCGACGGUCAUAUUGGGAGGAGUCCUGAGUGGGCUUGGAAUGGCCGCCAGCUCAUUUACCCACUCCAUCACCGAGCUUUACAUCACCGCCGGCGUGAUUACAGGACUUGGCUUCUGCUUCAGUUUCCAACCAGCUGUGACCAUCCUGGGACACUACUUUGUGCGUCGUCGUGCGUUUGCCAACGCCAUGUCCUCCACGGGAACAGCGCUGGGACUCUGCACUCUGCCUUUCCUGGGAAACUACCUUCACACUGAGUUCGGCUGGAGGGGGAGCUUUCUUAUCCUGGGGGCUGUCCUGCUGAACUGCUGUGUGUGCGGAGCUGUGAUGAGGCCUCUUCAGCCCAAGAAGCAUCGCGGCGAGCCACUGUUAAACCACACACCUCCGCAGUUAGAAAAAGAGCCAAAGCAGAGAGGAAGGUUUAGGACCAUAAGCAGGUUUUUGGUGGCCUCCCUGAAAGAACACAUGGCCUUUGAUCAGUUCUGCAACAACCGGCGUUAUUGUGUAUUUGCCAUAGGCAUCACCUUUAUGAUGCUGGGGUUUGUGGUGCCGUUGGUGUUUCUGGUUCCUUAUGCCACGGCACACGGCAUGGAACCAAGCCAGGCCGCACUUCUGCUCUCCAUCCUGGGUAUUGUCAACAUUGUGGUGCGGCCGCCCUUUGCCAUUAUAUUUAACAUGCCCUGGUUCAAAGGGCGGCACAUUUAUGCCUUUGCCUCCGCUUUGCUGUUCAAUGGGCUCAGUAACAGCAUCUGCUGCAUUGGGGCCGGCUUCCCUGUACUGCUGGGAUAUGUGGUCAUGUACGGGCUUUCUAUGAGCGUGGUUGGAUCACUGAUGUUCACAGUCCUGAUGGAUAUAGUGGAGAUGAGCCGCUUCCCUUCGGCGCUGGGUCUGCUAGCUGUCAUGGAGAGCAUCACACUGCUAAUUGGACCUCCACUGGCAGGAAUUCUGGUGGACCGCACAGGACAGUAUUUCUACGUCUUUAUUGCCUGCAGUUGCGUUGUUGCCUCCUCCAGUGUGUUCCUGAUGUUGUCCUUCCUCUGGCUGGAUAAAAAGGAGAGGAAGGCAUCGAAGCAAGAUCAGCUAUCUGCUCAGCCCAAACCGGUGAAACCUGCAUCCAAUGCCUCUCCUGGCUGUGAGUGCAGCAGCCUGCCCUAGGAGGGAGACAAGGCCUCAGCCUGGGGACGGAGUACAUCACCAGCCUUUGAACCUGUCUGCACUGUGUCGAAGUGCACAGACGCCAGUGCUCGGGGCUCCGGCAGUUUGUGCAGAUCAUUCGGGACAGCCUGCUAGCCAAAUGUUGUGAAUGGUUUACACUGUUUGGUUACAAAGUUACAAACCAAAAUGAACAUAUGUGCUCUUACAAUAUUAAUAUGAUUGUUUAUUUUAAAAUGCUGCUGAGCUUAUCCAUGCGAUCUGUCUCAUUAGUCUGUCAAUCAUGCAAAGAUGUUUAUAAGAGGAAAAAAAAAUAACACUAAUUUCUCAAUUUUUGCUGAAUUUAUUGCUGUUUUAGUCUGUUUACUUUUCUCCAAAAACCAAAAUCAGCAUGACCCAGACAACCUCAGCAGAGCACCCUUGAGGUUUUAACUCCUCCUACAUUAAGUGAUAAAUACAUUAAAUGAAAAACUUUAGGUUUGUUACCUUGUUUUUACAAACAACGUGUUGCUAUUGUUUGAUUUAGUGGCUGCAUAUUAAAGGUGUACACUGAAACUAAAGCACAAAGGGGAAAAGAAGCAACCAUUUAAGAAAUGCACAUAUGUGGCACUAUAAACCUUAAUCUUCUGCACCUUGAAUUUGCAUGAUGUAGCAUUAAUAACAGAUGAUUUCUUAGUCAUAACCGGACUAAAUGUUAAGCUUUUAGCUUAAGCUUUCUGGUGGGGGAUCUGUUUUUCCUUUUUUGUCUUUUAAAACCCUCUUUGUGAAAAUGCAGAAUUCCCAUCAAUGUCAGGUGCUUUUGUUCUGCACAAUCUUAUCCAUCAGGUCCAGAGAGAUAUUACUAAGGGUUUUGCACAAUGAAUAGUUAUUGUCAGCGUGAGCAGUUGUAGAUUUCAGUGGAGCUUAAGGUUGUUCAUUUCAGAGCAGGAACUUGCUUUCUUUUUAAUCUCUAAGUAUAUACAGGCAAGCUGUCUUAAAGACUAAACAAAUAUGAAAAAUCAAUGAAGCUUUGUUUUAACCUCACUUUCAGUGUGUUAUAAGGGUCUGACAAACCCAUAGGACAACCAGGAAGGUCGCAGAGACUGACACUGAAGCUUAUGCAUGAAUAAAAAUUUCCCUAGAAAAUAAAGAGCAAAGAAUUAGGCUACCAUGAGCACCCUGAGCUGCAGCACCCUACAGAGACUACUACACUGCUGCUGUAAGGUUGACAGGUCUACUCGGGUUGUGCAAAAUGUGAAUUCAGUCAUGAACGUCAAAUGUAAAAGAAAACUAAAAUAGCAUAAAAACUCAAAUACCUUAGAGUUACUGUGGUAGUAAAUAAAGAUUAAAAAAGCCUAGAUUGACAUGACGUUUAUAUUUUAUAAAAUUUGUCAGCUGGAAUAUUAUUUCAAUAAUUCAGGGUUAUUGUAACAGCUGAAACUCCUUAGCCGGGUAUAACACUCUGCAGUCUGCCGUUCAGGAGUGUCCUGUAACUCAUGUUAUAUGUUUCUUUGGUAGCUCUUAAAACACCAAGUCUUGUUCACCUUUUUCUACCACAGUUUUCCUUCCAUUUAGCUUUCCAUCAAUGUCCCUUGAUAAAGCACUGAACAGCAAGAAAUCUUUAGUAGUGCCAGUUUUUGGCUUGAUGAUCAUCUGCUUGACGAUUAUCAAGUCAACAGCGCUCCCGUCAGUUGUCUAGACCUCAAUUAAGGGGUGUAUCUGUGUUUCACUUUUUUUGAUUAAAUCACUGAAAUAAAGAUAAUACUGUUCUUAUUGAGAUGCAUCUGUAUUUGAGUACAAUGAACUAUUUUAAUUGGUAGUUUAAGUCUUCAAAUGUUAAAGACAUUAUUGAUAAACCAUUGAAUUUUGACACAAUUCAAACUCAAGAUAUAGAAAGGGUAAAAUAUAUCCUGCCUCUAUUACCAGUUCUUUUGUCAAAUUUGUGAUCUAAGUUAGCACUAGCUUUCACUAACUCCUUAGUGGGUAAAAGGUUAAUGUUAGCUUAAGUGAAAAAAAAAACUUUCUCUAAUGUGAACCAAUGUCAUACAGUGUCUUUGUUCAUUCAUUCUAUCGUGGAACAGUGCCUUUUUACAUUGCUGGCUAUUUUAAAAAACACGAUCCACAGCCACUUGCUUUUCACACAUGAUCUCUUAUCACGUUUCAUACUUUACAAAGUUUGAAAUGAUCAGAGAGGUUAGAAAAAGGAAACUGCUCCAACAUGGCAGUUUAUCUGUUCAAUAAUCACUUGUUUCAGUUAACGGUGAAAUAAUCACACCAUCCGUAUAUGUUUCAACCUAAUAAAGCAGCUAGAAACAGGUGAGCAUUAAAUAAACUUCAGGUAUCAGAUGUGUUGUAGUAUAACUAUAACCAAACAUUUAUUUGUUAUCAGAGAAUUUAUUAGCACAUUUUGUCUUGCUGUUUACCAAAUUGUACCUUCAUAAAUUCUUUAUUUAUACAUUAUAAUUUAGGGGAAAUAAAUAGUUGAAUUUUGA